AUGGCAGCAUCACAAGAAACUUCAAGUUUGAAACUAUUGAGGCAACAUCUCUUAGAGGAUAUAUCAGACUCUUUUUCCACCAAUCUCAGUUCUGGAAAACUUGAAUACUACACAUCAUCAUCAUCAGAAAUUGAUAAGGAUUCAUAUUUUUCAGAACAAAGCAUUUUCCUUGAAAGUCUUGGUUUUGAAGCUGAUACAAAAGUUAUUGACUUCACUUCUCAUAGUAAGCCACAAAACUCAAAAGCAGAAAGUCCCUUUGAUGAAACACAGAAGAAGACAGAAUUAAUGAUGUCGGAGAAGAAAGAACAGAGAUGUUAUGGAACAAAGUGUUACAGAGGAGUGAGGAGAAGGCCAUGGGGAAAAUUUGCGGCAGAGAUUCGAGACCCGACAAGCAAAGGAAGCAGGGUUUGGUUAGGAACAUUUGACAGUGAGAUAGAUGCUGCUAAGGCUUAUGAUUGUGAAGCUUUCAGAAUGAGAGGUCAGAAAGCUAUAUUGAAUUUUCCUUUGGAGGCUGGUGAAGCUAAUCCAAAGCCUAACAUUAGCAGGAAAAGGAGAAUACAUCACAGAGAUGCUGCAACAAGUUCAAAUUAA